GGUGGUUUUACAUCCUUCAUCGUUCGUCUUCUGUCGUCUUUGUGGAGCUCCCAAAAGUGUGAAGGAGGGGAAGGUGAACUUCGACGGCGCGUGGGAAGUUCGCGAAGCCCCUCCCAUCAGACUUCAAGGUUGCCUCGACUUUGGUACUCCUGCAUUUUGCCUUAACAAGCAGCAACACACCCCGCUCAGCACAUUACGAGCGCAGACCGAUUACGAAUACCUCGACCAACGCUGAGUUUAUUCCUCUUCAUCUUCCCCACGUUCUCGGUACGUUUGCCGGUGACAAGUGUUUUCGUCAUUGGCCUGCAAGCGGAUGGUUCUCACGCGUCGUUGCUUGCAGAUACUUCUAUAAACCAAGAUGAAGGCCCUCAUUCUUGUUGGCGGGUUCGGCACGCGUUUGCGACCUCUGACUUUGACCCUCCCCAAGCCGCUUGUGGAGUUCGCCAACAGGCCCAUGAUUCUCCACCAGAUUGAGGCUCUCGUCAAGGCCGGUGUGACGGAUAUCGUUUUGGCCGUCAACUACCGCCCGGAGGUCAUGGCGAGUUUCAUGCAAAAGUACGAGGAGGAGUUCAAAGUCCGCAUCACCUUCUCCAUCGAAAACGAACCGCUGGGAACAGCCGGCCCCUUGGCUCUGGCCAAGGAUGUCUUGGGGAAGGACAACGAGCCUUUCUUUGUGCUCAACUCGGACGUCAUUUGCGAUUUCCCCUUCCACGAGAUGGCCGCUGCCCAUAAAGCCCACGGAGGCGAGGGUACCAUCCUCGUCACCAAGGUCGAGGACCCAUCCAAGUACGGUGUCGUGGUCAACAAACCCGACUCCACCGCCAUCGAGCGGUUCGUGGAGAAGCCCACGAUCUUUGUCUCGAACAAAAUCAACGCGGGAAUAUACAUAUUCAACCCGUCCAUCCUCAACCGCAUCCAGCCCAUCCCCACCAGUAUUGAGAAGGAGAUCUUCCCGGCUAUGGCCGCAGCGUCCCAGCUGCACACGAUGGACCUGCCCGGUUUCUGGAUGGACGUCGGGCAGCCAAAGGACUACUUGACAGGAACGGGCCUGUACCUCAAGUCGCUGCACAAAUCCGCCAACGAGCGACUGGCGACCGGACCGCACAUCAACGGGUUCGCGCUCAUUGACAAGUCGGCCAAGAUUGGCGAGAACUGCAAGAUUGGGCCGCAUGUCGUGAUUGGCCCAGAUUGCGUUAUUGGCAAUGGCGUGAGGCUAUCAAAGUGCGCUAUUCUCGAAGGUGCUGAGAUUAAGGACCACGCGAAUGUUACCAACACCAUCGUGGGUUGGCACAGCACGGUCGGGCGUUGGGCUUGGUUAGAGGGCGUUACGGUCUUGGGAGAUGAUGUGCACGUUGCCGAUGAGGUGUUCAUCAACGGAGGAUGCGUCCUUCCACACAAGACCGUCAGCAGCAAUAUUGCUGAGCCGUCGAUCAUUAUGUAGAGAACCCUCAAUAAAGAGAGACACUUCCUUCGAGUCAUCCUAUUUCCGCCGAUAGGUUUGACCAAUGCAGGGAAGUUAGAGCACAAGGUUGAGUGGCGUAGGCAAUCUGAAUAUAAAGUUUGGACUGUCCUGACCCCUGGCGAAUGGUGCUUGGUUUGGAGUUCCCUUCUCAUUUGGCUAGGUGGCAUUCACCGUAAUGUCGGAAGUUCGAGCGAUUCCAGGCAGAGUCCAAGACUUUGGAUCCAAAGAUUGAAUGAGAAAGAAUUGAACG